AUGAAGAAUUUCACAAAGCUGAAUCAAUAUUGCCCAGUUAAUCCACCAAAUACUGACAUAUUCGAUUUUGGAAUAUUUUCUCAAGCCAUUGAGUCUCGCAUAGUCUGCAAAACAGAUUUUACCAAAAAAUUAUUUCCUAGUUUUUGGUGGGGUUUGAGAAAUUUGAGUUCUUUCGGUCAAAACCUUGACACAACUAGCAAUGUACAAGAGAACGUGUUCGCAAUUGUCAUUUCUAUCUUGGGUUUACUUCUAUUUUUAUAUCUUAUUGGAAAUUUGCAGACAUACAUUCAGUUGGAAACAACAAAGUCGGAAGAGACUAGAAAAAAGAUAAGUAUCAUUCAGCCAGAAAUAGAUUCUUAUCUAUCAAACCUUCCACCGCAUAAAAGAAAAAUCAUCAGAAGAUACUUAACUCGAACAAUUAGAGAAGACAAAGAUUUCGAUUUCAAACUUCUCUUUUCUCUACUAACCGAAAACGAUGUUGGUCUUAAUGAGUUUGCAGCUUGGGCAACUAAAAUACUGGGUAUGAAAAAAUAUGACUCGAACACAACAAAACAAAAGGCGGAGUUGUGGAUAUCAAAAAAUGAACUUUCUGAGGAUGUAACACCAAAGAUUAAGAAAUUCAUACAGUUGAGACUUCAAGAAGGAAAAGACGUAGAUAAUAUCAACCUUUUGCAUGUACUUCCAUUUUCAUUGGCAAUGUUGAUUAAGAAACACAUGUGUUUUCCUAUAAUAAGAAAGGUUCCACAGUUUCAAAACAUGGAUGAAUAUGUACAUGAAACAAUCUGCAAAUAUCUAAAGCCAGUCACAUAUUCAGAGAAAAGUUAUAUCAUUCGGAAAGGAGAGCCACUGGAUAUGAUGCUCUUCAUAACACAAGGUGUUGUGUGGAGCUUCGGAAGUAGUACUAGUCCGAUGAAUGGUCUUCAAAAAGGAGAUUGUUUUGGAAAUGAACUCGUAGAAUGGCAGUUAAACUCAACAUCCUAUAAUGACUUUCCAAUCUCGACUGCUAAUUUCAAGUCUCAUACCAAUGUUGAAGCCUUUGGUCUAAUGGAAAUUGACUUGAAGCAUGCGCUCUCCCAUUGCUGGCCCAAGUUCUCUAAAUACUACUUAACCAGUGAUGAAUCCAUGCCUGAGGGCUUGAAAUAUUUUGCAGCUACUUCUGUGCAACGAGAAUUCCGAUGUUACAUGAUGAAUAAAAAGGAACAAGAUAAGUUCACCAUACGUACUGUUUACUGACAAUGUCGUUUGGCUUGUAUUAGCUUAUAUAUAUAUAUAAAAAAAUAUAUAAAUAUAUAUAUACGGUCUUAUUAG